UCAGUUUACUAUUUUGCCUCUCAGUCUCGCGGCUGAGUCGCCCGCGAUCGGACGCGUAUCGUGUCCUCCACCUAUUGUCGGUGUUUAGUUUUCAUCUUCUGGCUUUUUAACCGCGAGCCCCACACAAACCACCGCCAUGGAUCCCGAGGCGUUCUUGGACCUGGCCAACCAGGUCAUCAAACUGAAGAUGUUCCCGUAUUUUGACAUCGCACACUCUUUAUUAUGCGCUCUGUCGGUGCGAGAGGAUUUGGGAGCCGGAGCCAACGGCUUCUCCCGCAAGCACCCCCUAGCCUGCUGGCUGUCGACGAUGCUGGUGAUCUUCGCGGGCGGCAUGGUGGUGAACGGGCUGCUGGGCGAGCCCGUGCUGGCGCCGCUCAAGAACACGCCGCAACUGCUCAUCGGCACCGUCACCUGGUACAUAGUAUUCUACACUCCGUUCGACGUCGGCUACAAAGUUGCCAAGUUCUUGCCAGUGAAGGUGGUGGCUUCGGCCAUGAAGGAGAUCUACCGGGCCAAGAAGGUCUACGACGGAGUCAGCCACGCCGGGAAACUGUACCCUAACGCUUACGUCAUUAUGAUCAUUAUUGGUACCCUGAAGGGCAACGGCGCCGGGUUCACGAAGCUGGUGGAGCGGCUCAUCCGCGGCGCCUGGACGCCCACCGCCAUCGAGACCAUGCAGCCCAGCUUCUACACCAAGGCGUCUCUGGUGGCGUCCAUCAUCUUCGUCCUGGACAAGAAGACCGACAUCAUCUCUGCUCCUCACGCACUUGUCUACUUUGGCAUCGUCAUAUUCUUCGUCUACUUUAAGCUCUCCUCAAUCCUGCUGGGCAUCCACGACCCCUUCGUGCCGUUCGAGAACCUGUUCUGUGCUCUCUUCAUGGGCGGCAUCUGGGACUCGCUGGCGAAGCUGCUCGGCAAGGGACAGCCUAAAGAAGAGUCUAAAGACGCUAAGAAGACCAAUUAGGAGCGACUUGUCCCAACUUCUAAUCAACUGACACCGACAAUGAGAUCGACGGUCGCGACUAUAACAUGAUAAGUUACCAAAAAACAAAAAACAUAAAAAAAUCGUAAAACCUUUAAAUUCACAAAAAAAUGGCACAACGACCAAAGUAUUGAUUUCAUUAGUUUUAAGUUGAACCGUACUUACUAGUCGUAUACUUAUUUUAUGACAUAGACAUAUUUUAGGUACUUACUUUUAUUUUGACUAGCUGUAUGUGAGAAUACUAAUGGCCGAUUUCUACGUAAUUAACAGUAACUAGGUAGGUAUUAUUGAUCAUUAUAAUUAUGCCAUUAUAAGUGUUUUCACAUACUUAGCUUUAGAAUAUGUUAUAAGUUAAGUUAUUAUUACAAUUCCUGAUUGCCAAAGUUAAUUCAUAAUAAAAUAAUUAUACCUAAUAUGAUACAGUACAUACCUAGUCUGUAAUUUCAAAUAUACUGUACAACUAGUAUUCUCCUUGUAAAUUAUAUUUUAAUUUAAUUUAAAACAAAGGCCCUGUAGAAUGGAAUGGUGUGAAAAAAUAUACACAAAAUAUAUUGAGCAUUGUAGUUAUUUUAAGUUUAUAUUCUAAGAUCGAAACGAGCGAAUGUAAACUUCGACUUCCUUUUGUUUUUAUUUAAUGAAAUUUGAAUUAAUGUAUUUAAUGAAAAACCUGACUAAAUUGCUAGGGUGCAACCGUGGUUUAGAGCAUGUUUUUCGUAUCAAAAUUAAUGUUCUAAAAAAUAUAUCGUCUCAUAAAACAUCUAAUAAUUUGUCUUGUCUUUGUCUGUCUAAUUCGAUAUUUUUUAUUAUUUGUAAAUAAUCCUCUUAUACGAUAGAGGAUCAAAAUUAGAUUUAAAUAUAAUGUACUAAUUAUAAUUGGGACUACAGAAGGAAGCAAUAAAAUUGUUUUUUAUUAUGAUUUUA